CGGGCCGACAACGAGGCGGAGCAGCGCGACACCGGCCCCGGGACCGCGCCCGCCACCCCCGCCCGGUGCCUCCUGCGGACUCUCUGUGAGCCGCUCCUACUGGUACACUGAAUCUCCCCGGGGGCCAUCUGCCCGACUGCCCCUGACUCCGGCAGCGGGGGACCCCCCAUGGCAGUGGGCACCUCCCCUUGAAACCUGCCAAGCUGGACACCACAGCCCUGCACGACGACACCUUGGCCAGCUCCACACCCCUCUCUGAGGCUUGCAGCCAUGCGGUCCUCGCCUGCAGCCCGGGCAUCCCUGAAGAGUACUAUGUGAGCGAGGCUGUGGAAGAUGCUCCCAGCUACAGAGAGCACCGGGAUGCCUGCACCAUCACCGACGUGUGCAACAGCACCAACCUUCCAGAAGUUGAGAUCAUUAGCCUGCUGGAGGAGCAGCUGCCCCAUUACAAGCUAAGAGCGGACACCAUCUAUGGUUACGACCACGAUGACUGGCUGCAUACGCCCCUCAUCUCCCCAGAUGCCAACAUCGACCUCACAACCGAGCAGAUCGAAGAGACGCUGAAGUACUUCCUUCUAUGUGCCGAAAGAGUUGGCCAGAUGACUAAGACGUACAAUGACAUCGAUGCUGUCACGAGGCUUCUUGAGGAGAAAGAGCGGGAUUUGGAGUUGGCUGCAAGGAUUGGCCAGUCAUUGUUGAAGAAGAACAAGACCCUAACUGAGAGGAAUGAGCUGCUGGAAGAGCAGGUGGAGCACAUCCGGGAGGAGGUGUCUCAGCUCCGACAUGAGCUGUCCAUGAAGGAUGAGCUACUGCAGUUCUACACCAGUGCCGCUGAGGAGAGCGAGCCUGAGUCUGUCUGCUCAACCCCGCUGAAGAGGAACGAGUCAUCCUCCUCUGUCCAGAAUUACUUCCACCUGGACUCUCUUCAGAAGAAGCUGAAGGACCUCGAAGAGGAGAACGUUGUACUCCGAUCUGAGGCCUGUCAGCUGAAGACGGAAACCAUCACCUACGAGGAGAAGGAGCAGCAGCUGGUGAAUGACUGUGUGAAGGAGCUGAGGGAUGCCAACGUCCAGAUUGCGAGCAUCUCUGAGGAGCUGGCCAAGAAGACGGAAGACGCCGCCCGCCAGCAGGAGGAGAUCACGCACCUCCUGUCGCAAAUCGUGGACUUACAGAAGAAGGCAAAAUCUUGUGCGGUGGAGAAUGAAGAGCUUGUCCAGCACCUGGGCGCUGCCAAGGAUGCCCAGCGUCAGCUCACAGCCGAGCUUCGAGAGCUGGAGGAUAAGUAUGCGGAGUGCAUGGAGAUGCUUCAUGAGGCUCAGGAGGAACUGAAGAACCUGCGGAACAAGACGAUGCCCACGUCCCGGCGCUACCACUCUCUGGGCCUGUUCCCCAUGGACUCCUUGGCUGCAGAAAUCGAGGGAACUAUGCGCAAGGAGCUGCAGCUGGAAGAGCCGGAGUCUCCAGACAUCACCCACCAGAAGCGCGUCUUUGAGACGGUGAGAAACAUCAAUCAAGUAGUCAAGCAGAAAUCACUAACCCCUUCCCCCAUGAACAUCCCGGGCUCCAACCAGUCGUCAGCCAUGAACUCCCUCCUGUCCAGCUGCGUCAGCACCCCCCGCUCCAGCUUCUACGGCAGCGACGUCAGUAACGUGGUCCUCGAUAACAAAACCAACAGCAUCCUCCUGGAAACUGAGGCAGCCGACAUGGGGAAUGAGGAGCACAGUAAGAAGCCAGGCACGCCAGGCACACCAGGCUCCCAUGACCUGGAGACAGCACUUAGGCGGCUAUCCCUGCGCCGGGAAAACUACCUGUCUGAGCGGAGGUUCUUCGAGGAGGAGCAGGAGAGGAAGCUUCGAGAGCUGGCCGAGAAGGGGGAGCUACACAGUGGCUCACUCACGCCCACCGAGAGCAUCAUGUCCCUGGGCACACAUUCACGCUUCUCUGAGUUCACCGGCUUCUCCGGCAUGUCCUUCUGCAGUCGCUCCUACCUGCCCGAGAAGCUGCAGAUUGUGAAGCCACUCGAAGGUUCAGCCACGCUUCACCACUGGCAGCAAUUGGCCCAGCCUCAUCUUGGGGGCAUCCUGGACCCCCGACCUGGUGUGGUCACCAAGGGCUUCCGGACUUUGGACGUUGACCUGGAUGAAGUGUACUGCCUUAACGACUUUGAGGAAGAUGACACAGCGCAUCACCCUGGGAAGUGCAUGUCACAGACCAACUCGACUUUCACCUUUACCACCUGCCGCAUCCUGCACCCUUCAGACGAGCUCACACGGGUCACGCCAAGCCUUAACUCAGCCCCAGCUCCGGCUUGUAGCAGCACCAACCACUUGAAAUCCACGCCAGUGGCCACGCCAUGCACCCCCCGGAGACUGAGCCUGGCCGAGUCCUUCACAAAUGUCCGCGAGUCCACAACAACCAUGAGUACGUCUUUGGGGCUGGUAUGGUUGCUGAAGGAACGGGGCAUCUCCGCGGCCGUGUACGACCCCCAGAGUUGGGACAGAGCCGGCAGGGGCUCCCUCCUCCACUCCUACACCCCCAGGAUGGCUGUGAUCCCGUCCACCCCACCAAACUCCCCUAUGCAGACGCCCUCGGCCUCCCCGCCCUCCUUCGAGUUCAAGUGCACGAGUCCUCCCUACAACAACUUCCUGGCUUCCAAGCCAGCCAGCUCCAUCCUGAGGGAGGUGAGGGAGAAGAAGCCCGUGCGGAGCAGCGAGAGCCAGACAGAUGUGUCUGUCUCCAACCUUAACCUUGUGGACAAAGUCAGGAGGUUUGGGGUGGCCAGAGUGGUGAACUCAGGACGAGCCCAUAUCCCCACCUUGACUGAGGAGCAGGGACCUCUCCUCUGUGGUCCAACAGGGCCAACACAGGCUCUUGUCCCUGGGGGCCUGGUCCCCGAGGGCCUGCCUCUGGGGUGCCCAAGCGGCAUCCGCCGGAAUCGCAGCUUCCCUACCAUGGUCGGAUCCAGCGUGCAGAUGAGAGCCCCUGUGAUCCUCACCUCUGGCAUCUUAAUGGGUGCUAAGCUCCCCAAACAGACUAGCUUGCGGUGAGGCCAGGGAUUGCUGCCCUGUCUGCUCUCUGCCUCCUGUCCCCGACAGAGCAUCCUGUCUCCUCUGAGCUAGACAGAUCAACCGUGUGCCUCAUGGGGGGAGAUUGGAACUCCAUAUGGUGUGUACACAGGACUUGGGGACCUUGCCGUCUGCUCUCUCUUCCAAUCCACAGGAAGUAAUAACCCUACAAGGUCACACUCUCUUGAGGAUGGCACCUGAGCUCACCUGGGGGAAGGUGGCGUCUUUUCUUCCUUACUUUUAAGAAGCACUGAAAUUCCCAAGGCUGUUCUUAUCCCAUGGAUAGGAAUUUGGUGAAUUCCGCAUAAGACUGUCGGGUUGCACACAUAGCCGCCACGUGGCACAGGUCUCCUCGCUCACCUGUGGCAGCCGGCAGGGCUGCUCACCAUCAGAGAGCUGUUCUUUGAGUUGUAGGUGGCCCAGCUUCACCGAGGUCUGCACUAUCCUGCCCCAUUGGACUGUCUGUUCUCUAGACUUCUUUUCACGUCUCUGACUUGAAGUUACCUUGCAUUUUGUCACAAGCUGUCAGGGUUAGAGCCUGCCGCGAAAAGAAUGUAUUUACACUCCAAUGCGCCAUCAGGCGGCCCCUCCGUCUUCUGUGUGAUUGAUUUUUUUUUUCCUCUCCCAUUUUUAAAAUUUUCAUUUGCAGGGAAGUCUCAGUACUGGCAGUUUCUCUUGGUUCUGACACCAAAGUGCAAACGGCACACACGCUAACUCGCUAAUGGCAUAGCUCAUUUCUGGGACCCAGUGUCAUAGCCAGGGUGAUAUAUGACCAGUUAUCACCAAUGGUAGGAUCAAGGGGAAAGGGGACAAGACUGUUAAACCUACACACGGUGGAGGGGAAGGGCAGAGUCCACAGCUCACCUCAUGGCAUCCCGGGUCAAGGUGUGUCAAGUGUGUCAGCUGCUGGCCCCUUUCCACUAUAAAGGGUGCUCAGGUCGCACGGUAGAGCUCCGUGGCCAUUCAGUGACUGUGUUUUUUAGUCCUCUUGUUUCAAAACUAGAAUUGAGUUUCCUGCUCAUGCCCCAAGUUCAUUGUCCCCUCCUCCGAUUUCUGCCCAUAGGAACCGAUCAGAGGUGCUUAUGAACGAAAGAAGCCUGAGCGAGUGAGCGGCCUGAGCGUUGCCGUCACCUGUGCAGUUAUGAACUUUUAUUUAUUACCCAUGUGUGCUGUAUUUUAAUCAGAUGCCGUCUCUGGUUCCAGCUCCAGCCUCUGUGUGUGCGUGCGUGUGUGUGUGUGUGUGUGUGUGUGUGAGAGAGAGAGAGAGAGAGAGAGAGAGAGAGAGAGAGAGAGAGAGAGAGAGCGCCCAGGUAUAUUAUUUAUUUACUUUUGUCUGAGGAUGGCGGUACAUCUGUGUGUCACAUGGCCACCUGCCCCAGACACCUAUGGAAGGAUAGCGUCCUGUGUAUAAGAAAUUGUCACAUGAACAACUCCCACACCCUCAGCAAAAGAUGCGUCCUUGAAUCGAGUGAGGGUCACCUUAUGCCCACCAAGGAUGCUUUGAGAAGGUCCCCAGGCAGCAAGCUUCAGUCCCACUAUUUCAAACUAUUUAUUCUCCAAUCAGAGUGCCGGUCCAUCACAUUCUCUGCUCUCCUGGCUGCCGAGUCUGUGUGCAGUCACCGCAAGUAGCGUACAUUUUAUUUGAAUGUAUUUUAAAGCGGCAGGUAGAAGAGCAAAGGAGGGUGACAAGCUUGGCUCGGAUGGACCAUGUCACGUGUUCAGAGGGGCCUCCCUCCCGUCCGCACUGGAAGCACCAGUGUAAGGACCGGCACUCUUAGAGGUCGUGAUGAUAUCGUUAGCAAACCGGUGACCAACAUUAAGCAGCACUACCGAGAGCGAGUUGUAAUGCAUCAAGAUCAGCAACAAGAUUUCAUUCACUAACGAAUAUCAAUAAAACAAGCUCAAAAGACGGAAA